AUGUUUGAUCCAACAACGCUCUACGGAGGAUCUAUCUUAGCAAUGGCCGGAGGCGACAGUGUGGCAAUAAUGAGCGACAGAAGACUCGGCUCAGGCGCCAUCACUGUCUCAAAAGACUUCACAAGAAUACACAAAAUAGGGCCCAAGCUGUUCGUGGGCCUUCCCGAGUUUGUUCCGGACACACAGGUUCUAUUAAGAAAGAUACGCAAGAACUACAAUCUAUUCAAGCUCGAUCAUCAGAGGGAAAUGGAGCCUCAGGAGCUCAAUAGCCUGAUUUCAUUCAUUCUAUACUCAAAAAGAGCCACUCCAUACUACACAAGCCCGUUGGUUGUUGGCCUGACAAGCGACAACACUCCAUACAUAUCCGGACAGGAUUGCAUUGGCUCCUCUACAACGCCUGGCGACUUUGUUGCAGCUGGAACUUCAUACAAUAAUCUUUUAGGUAUAUGCGAGGCACUAUAUAGGCCAAGCAUGGACAAAGAAAAUCUUUUUGUCACUUGUGCCCAAGCAUUCCUUAACUCUGUCGACAGAGAUGCACUCUCUGGUUGGGGUGCUGACUGUUAUAUCAUCAGCAAAGACAGCGUCAUCAAGAGAUCAAUUAAAGGAAGAUGUGAUUAG